AUGGCCGACCUUUCUAUCGCACUUACUGCGCCCAAUGGCCAGCAGUACACGCAGCCCACCGGUCUGUUCAUCAACAACGAGUUUGUCAAGGGCAAUGGCGGCACUAUUGUAUCUGUUGACCCCGCCACCGAGAAGGAGAUUGCCACAGUCCACGCUGCCAGCGCCGACGAUGUCGACCGGGCAGUCAAGGCUGCUCACGCCGCCCUGAAGCAUCCAUCGUGGAAGCUUCUGCCCGCCACCGAACGAGGUCGCUUGAUGUCUCGUCUCGCCGACUUGGUUGACGAAAAGAGAGAGCUUCUCGCAACGAUUGAAGCAUGGGACAAUGGAAAGCCCUACUCAGUCGCCUUGAACGAGGAUUUGAACGAGGUUUCCCUUACCAUUCGGUACUUUAGUGGAUGGGCCGACAAGACAUUUGGACAGACCAUCAACACAUCCCCGGAAAAGUUUGCCUACACAUUGCGCCAACCCAUCGGUGUUGUGGGCCAGAUCAUUCCCUGGAACUUUCCACUUUCAAUGGCUGCUUGGAAGCUCGGCCCUGCUCUCGCCUGCGGCAACACGAUUGUUCUCAAACCCGCAGAACAGACUCCCCUGAGCGUUUUGGUCUUUGCAGAGUUGGUUAAAGAAGCCGGCUUCCCGCCUGGUGUCAUUAACAUUGUCAAUGGCUAUGGCCGGGAAGCAGGCUCUGCCAUCGUCGAGCACCCGCUGGUUGAUAAAGUGGCGUUUACGGGCUCGACAGCCACCGCCCGUCAGAUUAUGAAGAUGGCAUCUGCUACCUUGAAGAACAUCACCCUUGAAACGGGAGGAAAAUCUCCCCUUAUUGUUUUCAGCGAUGCCGAUUUUGAGCAGGCUGUCAAGUGGGCACAUGCUGGAAUCAUGUCAAACCAGGGCCAGAUCUGUACAGCUACAUCUCGUAUCUUUGUUCAAAAAGAUAUCUACGACAAGUUUGUUGAGAAGUACAAGGAGACCCUCAAGAGCACUUCAAAAGUCGGAAAUCAAUGGGAAUCAACUACCUUCCAAGGCCCACAGGUCACCCGCGCUCAAUAUGAGCGUAUUCUUGAAUACAUCAACGUUGGCAAGUCCGAAGGUGCGACUGUGCUCGCAGGCGGAGAGCCCUACCGCGAGGAAGGGAGCAGCACCGACUUUAGCAAGGGAUUCUUUAUCGCCCCGACUGUUUUUACCGAUGUCAAUGACUCCAUGCGUAUCUGCCGGGAAGAAAUCUUCGGUCCUGUGGUCGCCAUUGCUUCGUUUGAAACGGAAGAAGAAGCCAUCAGCCGUGCGAACAACUCAACCUACGGGCUCGGCGCAGCUGUCUUUACCCGUGAUCUCCAGCGCAGUCAUCGCGUUGCUGCCGAGAUUGAGUCUGGUAUGGUCUGGAUCAAUAGCUCUCAAGACAGCGACCCGCGUAUCCCGUUCGGUGGUGUUAAGCAGUCCGGUAUUGGACGGGAACUUGGAGAAGCUGGCCUUGAGGCUUACAGCCAAAUCAAGGCUGUUCAUGUGAACAUGGGAACGAUUCUCUAA